AUGGCUGCCUCUUCUGAGCAGGCUGGAAUCCAAAUGCCAAGGGGCAAGGGCUUAGAGGUUUCAAAGCACGGUGAUCUGGGACGACCUUGUUCUGCCAAAUUCUGCCCACCCCGGGGUCAUGCAGCCAGCGUGGCGACAACCACAGCAGCCAAAGAGCGAUGGAGCAUCCGAUGUCCACUCGAUUCCCAUUGGCCCUCGGUUGUGCCAGGGGAUCGUCCACUCGAGGGAACCACAUUUGACAGCGGAAGAGGGUGGCAACCACCAGUCUGCGUCCUCCCGCCGCCUAAGAAGCCUGGAGAUUGGGAUGAUCACCCUGCACAUGGGUGGUUCGUACCGAGAAGGUACCAUGUCGCCGGAAAAAUGAUGGUCGAGAUACGGUGCGGUGACUUUCGUGCAGGUAAAGGCGAACCUGCCGCAGCGCUUUUCCCCCCCAAUUGGCAUUCCAACAAUCUCACUGGUCGGAACAGCCCCCUUGUCCUUGUCAGUCAAAACCUAGUGGGCUGGUUUACUCCGUACAUAAGUUGCAUAUACCAAUGGGCUCAUGUCUCCGUUGUGAUUGCAAGUCAGGAUCUCUCGCUUCGAGAGGGACCUUGA